GCACAUUACGUCAUGCCUCAUCUUUUUACACAGGGAGGUAGAGAGAGGGAAUACGUAAUGGUUUGAUUCCCUUUGCCCUUGCAAUGGUCGUCAUUCUGCUAUUACUUGGCAAAUUCCUCAACCGGGAGUUGCAAUGAAGGCGGGGGCGUCCUCGAUGUGGGCGUCAUGCUGUGGGUUGCUGAACGAGGUGAUGGGGACCGGGACGGUCCGGGCCCAGCCGCCGGGCUUCGGGGCCGGGGCCGGGCCCUUCCGCUUCGCCCCUAGCGCCGGGUACUCCACCUACCCCCCCACCAGCUCAGGGAGCGCGGGGCAGCUCUGCAAGGCCUGCGGACUGGCCUUCUCCGUCUUCAGACGCAAGCACAUCUGUUGCGACUGCAAGAAGAGCUUCUGCGCGCCGUGCUCGGUGCUGCAGGAGAACCUCCGCUGCUGCUCCACCUGCCACCUGCUGCGCAGCACGGCCUUCCAGCGGCCCCGCCUCAUGCGGCUGCGCGUCAAGGAGCUGCGGCAGUACCUGCUGCUGCGCAACAUCCCCACCGACACCUGCCGCGAGAAGCAGGACCUGGUGGACCUGGUGCUCUGCCACCAGGGGGCCGGAGACACGCCCGGACCCCUGGAGGAGGAGGAGGAGGAGGAGGAGGACGAGGAGGAGGAGGAGGAGGAGGAGGAGGGGGAGGAGGAGGAGCCGGGGGAGGUGGACAUGGACAGUGUGCGCUCGCUGCCCCCCUCGGUGCACGCCUCCCCGCCCCUGUCGGCCGUCCCGUCGGUGUCGGGGUCUCCCGGGAGGCUGAGCCCCAGCAGCAGCUAUGUGACGGCCAGCCAGGGGCACGGGAGCACUCCCACCGUUUCACUGCUCAACCUGGAGGAGACUGAACACAUCAUGGAGGUGAGCCCGGCCACCCAGAGAAGGAUCCGGGCGUCGCUGUCCGACCUGGACACGGAGGAGGCCAUCGAGAUGCUGACGGUACGCCAGCUGAAGGAGAUCCUGGCCCGCAACUUUGUCAACUACUCGGGCUGCUGUGAGAAGUGGGAGCUGCUGGAGCGCGUCCACCGACUGUACAGAGAGAACCUGCAGAACAGGAAAUCCAUGGAGAAUGUCAGCAACCCUAUAACAGCAGUUGUAGCCUAUCCCCCAUCCAUCUGCAACAGUGGCGUUGGAGACGGCGUGCGCUCUCCGCUGGCGUCGGACGAGAACCUGUGUCGCAUCUGCAUGGACGCCGUCAUCGACUGCGUGCUGCUGGAGUGCGGUCACAUGGUCACGUGCACCAAGUGCGGCAAGCGCAUGAGCGAGUGCCCCAUCUGCAGGCAGUACGUGGUGCGCGCCGUGCACGUCUUCAAGUCCUAGGCCGACCGAGCACAAAACCCAACCCCAAACGGGACAGAAGCGGCCGCCGCUACCGCCGCCACGCCACGGCGUCGUCGGACCCCCCGGGGGUCACACGUUGAAGCCGUGAGCUGAUUGGUUAGAAUUAGCAUGUCCACUUGGUCCAACCCCAACCCCCCACACUUCCCUGAUCUCUUAGGGUUUGGGGCGGAUGAAACGAAAUUGCCUAAAGAUCAUCCCCUUGUUUUUUGUUUGUUUUUCUCAACUGAUUCCAAAUCUAUUCCCAGUUCCGCUCACCCUCUCCUCCAUUCCUACUGGCCGACACUGCAGUUGACUGUCAUUGGCUGUCCUGGGACACCCCCACUUUUUGCUCGUCAGUCUCUGGAACAGUCGGACCUCACGCCACUGUACUGUGGAAGACGCAGCGCCGCGUUUGGGAUCUCACCUCUGUUGUUGUUCUAGAUGACACGUCCCCAUGGGACAAUUGAAGUGGAUCUGUUGUUGUUGUGGUUGUUGUUGUUGUUGUUGGCGAGGAGAAGAGGACAACGGUAUUCCCGUGGGUUGGAUGGAAGUGGACAUAGUUUACACGUUCAUGUCCACUCUGUGUGCCCCCUUCCCCCUCUGUGUUGUCCAAAUGUUUCAAUAUAAAAAACGGCGACGCACACUUGUGUGUGUGUAUGUGUGUUUCAAACUGUCAUGUGUCUAGACUUGAAUCACCAUGUACCCGGUGAGGGCCAAACUCCAUGCCUUCAGACAACUAACAUUUGUAGUUUCUUUGUACGUUUUCCGAUAUAUGCAUCUCAUGACCAGCAAGCACCAUAAGAUAGUUGAUAUGUGUUUAUAUUUAUUUUUAUUUAAACCCUUUGGAUUCAAUCUCGUCAAUUCCUUUUUUUCUAUAUGCUAUUGCUCAGUUAACUAUGUUAAUUAAUGGUUAAUCUGGUUAAUUUAGCUUGAUUGCUUUACAUUGCGCUGUUGGUUCUCUUUCACAAUUUAUUUAUGAUCAGAUCCCCUGAUGUAAAAGCCUACGUUUUCUUUUUAUUAUUUUAAUUUACACCAAGCAAUGCCAUCGUACUCAAGAGGUGUCUAAAGUAUGUAAUCUGUUUGUGUUGUCCAUUCGUGUUUCCAAACUACUAUCGGUAUCAAAGUAGGUGCUUUUUAAAAAUCCGUCUUCUGAGAUUAUGAAUAAUAUCUAUAUUAUAGUUUUUUUGUCAUGUUGUCGAGAUUGUCUCAUACUUUGAAAGAGGGGGGAAGAUUCCCCAACACCUGGUUUACGUUAACCUGUUUAUGCAAUUUUAAGAUUUGUUUUUGUCAUAAGAUCAAGUUUACUUAAAUGUUUUUUCAAAAAAAAUUCUACUUAUGACUUGCGGCAUGUUGACAUAAGACCAAUGCUUAUUUCUGUUGAGUGAAUCGCAUUGGUAGAUCGGUGUUUACUGAUAAGUUAUUAAAUGUAUACGUUUUUUUCUUCGGGAGACCUAUAACAUGUUUUUCCAAUGUUGAAUUAGCAUAGAAGAUAGAAGAAAGAAAAAAAGAAACAAGCAUCAGAAUGUAGACGAGAUGGGUUUGUUGCCGUUAUGUCAUGCAUCGCAUUUUUUCUGAGGCGACAUCGGAAAAUUGCAUCAGAUGCUUUUUUCGUUUUCCCGUUAGUUCCGUUCCAAGUCCACUACAAAAGGUGACUACUUGUCCAACAACGCACAGUCACUGUGUUAGCCUGUCUGUCCCUGCUGCUGGUCCUCCAAGAUGUCACUCGUGGGCAGCUAUGACGCGGUGGAACAAACCUCAUCAGCACUGUCUCAUGCUCCAGGAUAUUUAUAUUUUGGAAGGUGGAACAUUUUAUUUUGUUAAACAAGAGAAAAAAAUGAUUUAUUAGAUUCAAAUAAUAAAUACAAUACUUUAAUCCA